AUGGCUAAAGUAACUCGUAUUAGUAAAAUACAGUUGAAUAAUGAAUUUGGAAGGAAUAUAUCCUAUGAAUCUACAGAUAAUCAAACAAACAUUGAAAUUCAACCAUAUGGAUGUACAAAUAAUAAUGUCAAACGUACUAAUGUCAUCGUACAACGAUUGUCACAUCAACGUACUAGUCGAGUAAUGCCGGAUAAUAUCCAGCGAAUAUCAUCCAGCAUAAAUAAAACAAAUACAUUGGAUUUUUCAAACGACAGAUUUCCAGGAACAUAUAAAAAGGAACGAGUAACUCGUCGUCGACGAAAGUACGUUUUUGUAUGAAAUUUCUUUGAUUAUAUUCUCUUCUC